GUGAGACUAGCACAACGGAUCGACGCGACGUAGCAACACACAACAACAUGGCGGGACCCGGUGAUCCGAUUUGUUUAUACUGGACGUUUGACCAAGUAGCAGACUGGAUUGCUGAACUUGGAUUUCCGCAAUACAGGGACUGCUUCACAAGUAACCUUAUUACAGGUAGGAAGCUCAUUAUUGUUGAUGCCUCAACUUUACCAGGACUUGGAAUUACCGACUUUGAUCACAUAAAGUUCAUCGCAAGGAAUAUUCGAGACAUGCUGGGAGUAGAGGACCCUUACUGGAAUCGGAGUAUUUCAUUACCUCAUAGAGAACUGAAGGGCAUGUACCUGGAACGCAAGAGCAUAUCAGGCAUGAAGGCGGAUAGCCUUACACUCUCAAAGUACCAAAAAGAACUUCGUAGAAUUGAGAUUGAAAAAGAGCUCAAAAAUCUCAAAGGUCUAAAGUGAACUCAAAAAUGUUUAUGAUGAACACUGGUCAGGUCUUGCUGAUCAUAGAACUUGAUACCAGAAUAGGAAAGAACUGUUACAAACAAAACUAAUCAACAGUGGACAUUGGAAUUGGAUGCUCAAUUCAAUUAUCUGUUAUUUAUUGUUUAAUUCUGAAUUAAGCAUUCUUUAACAACCAAAUGAAACGUCACAAGAAGAUACUUGAUACUCGAUGUCACAGCAAUAUUUAGUUGUGCUAGGCAAAAAUGUUGAUUGGUUAAUUAGGUAAAUUAGCAAAAAACAAAAGUUAAGAUCAGAAGUACCUUUAAGAGAAGUUUGGAAAUAAAACUUUGAUGAUGAAUGAUAGUAGGGAUGUUCUUAGAAAAGAAAGUGCAUCAUUAUUGAGUAAAUUCAAGGUUUUAGCCCCAAAAUCAAAACACUUAUGAUCAUAGCAUCGUGCCAAGAUUUGUAGGGAAAAUAAGAGAGAGAAGGAGAAAGACACAAAUAUUUGAUUUUUCCCCCUGUAUCAUCGAUUUCCAGCAUUCUCCUUGUUGCAUCUAUUAUAUAUUAUUUUACUUUUUAUUAAGCAGAAAUAUUUCUUCUUCAAAUAUUGUACAAAAGCUAAAGUGUUUGAAAAUAUGAAUCUAUGAAUCCAUGUUAUCAUUAUUUCCUUUUACAAAUGUAUUUUUGCCCAUGUAAUAUUAGAAUGCAAAUUCUUUCCAUAGUAGUAUUCAACAAAAUGCUUGUGCUUCCUAAUAAUAUGCAACUAGACCUUUUUACAAUUUCUAUGGUUCUAAAGUAACAUGCGUGUAAAAGUAUUGUUCUUAUUUUAAGUCUAUUGGAAAGAUGUUUUUUUUAAUUUUUUAACAAAAGCAUCUGAUAGACCCUUCUAUAAACUUAUCUCCUUGUGUUUGAAUCAACUUAGUGAUUGUGUGCAUGUUUUGUGAUUGACAAGUUCACACAUAGAUUUUCUAAUUAAAAAUAAAGUAAACAAGUAACGAACAUUGAAAUCAAAUCAAGUCUUUCCGUUCAUUCUAAUCAGCUGAGAAAUGAAAUUAACAGAUCAAGUUGAGAUGAAAAAAACAAAAAUUGCUUUCAAACCUGUGUAAAUUCAGUUAUCCCCAAGGGCUUAUGAAUGUGAUAGAACUAAGAACUUCAUACUUAAAGUGUUAAACUUCCCCUUUAAGUAUGUAAGGUGACUGGAAAUAUCAGUAUGAGGACUUCCAUGGAUGAUUUCUGGUUUCUUGCAACAUACAUGUAUGUAGCACAUUUGCAGUAGAAUAAACAUGCCAGGUAACAACUAUGAAUGUUCUAUACAUUUUAAGAAUUGAAUGAUCAAGAAUUUACCCCCACCUUUAUGCAAGAGUUAGAACAUGCUUGAACAAAAACAUUAUCUUUUUCAUUUCUUUUCCAUGAAUAUGUAACUAUGUAUUAUACUUUUUGUAAAUGUGCUAUUGUUUGUACUAAAGUCAUUAAUAAGAAAAAUUAAAGAAAAAAAUACAUAUAA